AUGUUUCCUGGUUUUAUUCAAGGGGCACUCGUAGCCGUCAUUAUUAUUCUUGCUCAAACAACAAAACGUAUCCAUUCUGAAGAUACAGUCGAUGAAACUCAUGUUCUUUCAUUAACGAAAGAUACAUUCGAUGACGCUGUUAAAAACAACAAACAUCUACUUGUCAAAUUCGUCGCACCAUGGUGUGGUCAUUGCAAAGCACUGGGUCCGGCCUAUGCCGCUGCUGCCAAAAAACUGGUUGACUCCGGUAGUGAUAUCAAACUAGCCAGUGUUGAUGCGACAAUUGAACAAGACUUAGCACAGAAAUAUGAUGUUAAGGGUUAUCCCACAAUCAAAUUCUUCAGUGAUGGAACGACAUUCGAAUAUACAGGUGGACGUGCUGAAGAUGAUAUUAUUAAUUGGUUAAAGAAGAAAACCGGACCAGCAGCUGCCGAAUUGAAAACUGUUGAUGAUCUUAACAAAUUAAAAGAAGCCAAUGAAGUUGUUGUCAUCGGUGCUUUUCAAGAUACAGAUGGUGAUGUUGCUGCUUCAUUUCUUCAAGUAGCGAAAACAGUUGAUGGUAUUCCGUUUGGUAUAACAUCAAACAAGGACGUUCUCAAAGAACUCGAAAUCAAAAAAGAUACAAUUGUUCUCUUGAAAAAGUUUGAUGAAGGUCGUAACGAUCUUACUUCCACCAUUGAUGAAGGUUCAAUCCGUGAAUUUAUUCAAGCUAACCAACUUCCAACUGUUGUUGACUUCAAUGCUGAAACGGCACAAAAAAUCUUCGGUGGUGAUAUCAAAGUCCAUGUACUUUUAUUUGCCAGCAAAAAAGGUAGCGAUUACGAAAAACUUCGAGGCGAAUUCCAGACUGCUGCUAAACAAUACCGUGGCAAAACACUCUUCGUUUCUAUUGACUCCGAUGACGAAGAAAACGAACGUGUUUUGGAAUUCUUUGGCCUCAAAACCACUGAUGUUCCUGCCGUUCGUUUAAUCACAUUGAAAGAUGAAAUGAGCAAAUUCAAACCAGAAUCAUCCGAUAUCACCUCAGCAGUGUUGACCACAUUCGUUGAUGCUUUCUUUGACGGUAAACUCAAGCCACAUUUACUUACACAAGAACUUCCCGAAGAUUGGGACAAAACGCCAGUGAAAACCUUAGUUGGCACAAACUUUCAUGAAGUUGCUACAAAUAAAAAGAAAACUGUGUUAGUUACGUUUAUCGCCCCCUGGUGCGGUCAUUGCAAACAAUUGACACCUAUCUAUGAACAAUUAGGUGAGAAAUACAAAGACAAUCAAGAUGUUGUCAUUGCUAAAAUGGAUGCUACUGCUAACGAACUCGAAGAUAUCAAAAUUCAAAGCUUUCCAACAAUCAAAUUGUUUCCAAAAGAUUCCGAUGAAGUAAUUGAUUAUCAAGGUGAAAGAACACUCGAAGCUCUUUCGAAAUUCAUUGAUUCGAAUGGUCAAGAAGCAGGCAAAAUCCCCGAAGAGACGGCUGAACAAACCGAAGAAGCCGACGAAGAAGCUGACGCUGGCCAUGAAGAUUUAUAA